AUGACUGGUCGCGUUUACACUUUGAAUAACGGGACUACGGUCACUGACGAGCAACUGGCGCAUUGGAACAAGUACUUGGGGACGCUUGCGACGCCGCAGGAGAUUUUACGUUGGGCUAUCGUGACGUUCCCAGGGUUGUUCCAGACUACGGCGUUCGGGCUGACCGGGCUCGCGACUAUCGACAUGUUGCAGAAACUGAGGGAUGAGAACCCGGCGGGGACACCGCCCGUGCCCCUCAUCUUCAUCGACACGUUGCACCACUUUCCGCAAACACUCGAGUUGCUUGAGACCAUACAGAAGAAGUAUUAUACACCGCUCGGGGAGACCGUACACGUGUUCCGGCCACAGAGUGCCUCGACGGAGGCCGAGUUUGCAGCACUGCAGGGGGACUUGUUAUGGGAGCGUGACGAUGUGAAGUACGAUUUCCUCGUAAAAGUGGAGCCCGCCGCACGCGCGUACAAGACUUUGAACGUUGCUGCCGUGUUCACUGGGAGAAGACGGUCACAGGGUGAUUCGAGAAGCUCGCUGCAGUACGUCGAGGUCGACGAGUUGAACCACAUCAUCAAGAUCAACCCACUCAUGCUGUGGGACUUCAAAACCGUCGAGCAGUACAUCAAGCAGAAUGGUGUCCCCUGCAACGAACUGCUGCAGUACGGGUACCGCUCCAUCGGUGACUACCACUCGACGUUGCCCGUGAAAGAGGGAGAGGACGAGAGAGCGGGCCGCUGGAAGGGCAAGACGAAGACCGAGUGUGGUAUUCACGAGACGAGCAAAUUUGCCCAGUACCUCAAGGAUGCGCAGGGCAAACAGUAA